AUGAAAAGACGGAAAAAAGACAGUAAAGUGAGAGUUAGGUUCAACAUUAGUAAUGUGACCGGCAUGAACCGUGGCUCCCGGGAGGAGCUGCUUGGCAGCUCCCAAGAAGCCUUACGAAACAGUCAGCACGAUCUCCGCCAGGUCUACGAAAAACCGCUUACAAAAGAGGAAAAAACUUUCCUCUUACAUGCUGACAGAGGGGACUAUGUUACAGUUAAAAGGUUAAUAGAACAAUAUGCCAAACAGCCAGAAUUCCUCGACAUCAAUUGCGUGGACCCUUUAAAUCGGUCAGCAUUAAUAGCCGCCAUUGAAAAUGAGAACAUUGAAUUGAUCAAGUUGCUGCUUACUUCUGGGAUCCAAGUUAAGGAUGCUUUACUACACGCCAUCAAAGAAGAGUACGUGGAAGCUGUGGAACUUCUGCUCCAAUGGGAAGAGGAGCACCAUGUACCUGGGGAGCCUUACAGCUGGGAAUCAGUUGACUUGGCCUCGGCGACUUUCACUCCUGACAUCACACCGCUGAUUCUGGCAUCUCAUAGAAACCACUAUGAGAUUCUCAAGAUCCUACUAGACAGGGGAGCGACGCUGCCUGUGCCACACGACGUCAAGUGCGGAUGUGACGACUGCGUGAAGUCCUCCCAAGAGGAUUCACUCCGGCACUCACAAGCUCGCAUCAACGCAUACCGAGCUCUCUCAUCCCCUUCCCUUAUUGCCUUAUCUUCAGCGGAUCCUCUACUGACAGCUUUUCAGCUGUCUUGGGAACUUGGAAGGCUAAGUCGGAUGGAAACUGAGUUUCGAGUGGAAUAUAAGGCACUUCGUCAACAAUGUCAAGAAUUUGCAACUUCUUUACUGGACCAUACCCGUACAUCCAGAGAGUUGGAGACCAUGCUCAACUAUAAUCCUUGGGACGUAGACUGCUGGGAGCCAGGGGAAAGACAGACCCUGGGAAGAUUGAAGCUCGCAAUCAAGUAUAAACAAAAGAUGUUUGUAGCACAUCCGAACGUACAGCAAUUAUUGGGAGCUAUAUGGUAUGAAGGAUUGCCAGGGUUCAAAAGAAAAAACAUCGUUGGACAAUGCAUUCAGGUAGCAAAAUUAGGUAUAAUGUUUCCAGUCUACUGCACGAUAUAUAUGUUGGCACCCAACUCGGAAUACGGGAGGUUCAUGAAGAAACCCUUCGUCAAGUUCAUCUGUCAUAGUUCAUCCUACAUGCUCUUUCUCACACUUUUAUCACUUGCUUCACAACGCGCAGACUACCUAGUACUGGAGUGGUCAGGUAUUAGCUGGCUUCAGGAGGUAGUGGAGGAUUGGAAAGAGCACGAACGAGGGUCCUUACCAAGUGUGAUCGAGUUCAGCGUCAUCAUCUACAUAGCAAGUCUUAUUUGGGCAGAAAUAAGAUCUUUGUGGACUGGUGGAAUCACUGAAUAUACUAGCGAUUUAUGGAACAUAGUUGACUUUAUAACGAACGCGUUUUACAUCGCGUGGAUCAGUCUGCGGUUCUCUUCCUGGUAUAUCGUACAGCGUGACUAUAAAAAUGGAAUGGAUCCCUGGUACCCCCGCGAAGGAUGGGACUCCUACGAUCCCAUGCUCCUUUCCGAAGGAGCUUUCGCAGCCGGCAUGAUCUUUUCCUUUCUUAAACUGGUGCAUAUCUUCUCCAUAAAUCCCUACCUUGGACCUCUUCAGGUGUCACUAGGAAGAAUGAUCUUGGAUAUUUUGAAGUUCUUCUUUGUAUAUAUGUUGGUACUUUUCGCGUUUGGAUGUGGUUUAAACCAGUUGAUGUGGUACUAUGCGGAGUUGGAGAAGAAUAAAUGCUACCACCUUCCUAAUGGCAUUCCGGACUUUGAUGGACAGGAUCGAGCUUGCACUAUUUGGAGACGAUAUGCCAACUUAUUCGAAACGUCCCAAUCCCUGUUCUGGGCAUCUUUCGGUCUUGUGGACCUCACGACUUUUGAACUGACCGGCAUCAAAAGCUUCACUAGAUUCUGGGCUCUCCUGACAUUCGGGUCCUACUCGGUGAUCAAUAUCAUCGUGCUUCUUAAUAUGCUCAUCGCCAUGAUGUCGAACUCCUAUCAAAUUAUUUCGGAAAGAGCCGAUACAGAAUGGAAGUUUGCUCGCAGCAACCUCUGGAUGUCUUACUUCGAAGAUGGUGAUACUGUACCCCCUCCGUUUAACAUCAUUCCUACGCCGAAGCAUUUCAACUGCUGGAUCAAAAGCUGCUUUUAUAAUAGGGAUCGUGGAUCUAUUAUCAAUAAAUCCAGAGAAAAGGCUCGUCAAGAACACGAAGCUGUAAUGAAAGUAUUAGUUCGAAGAUACGUGACUGCAGAGCAGAGAGCCAGAGACGAGGUCGGUGUUACCGAGGAUGACGUUAUGGAAAUUAGACAGGACAUCUCUACGCUGCGAUACGAGUUGAUAGACAUACUGCAUAAUAACGGCAUGAAGACACCCAGAGUCAGCAUGCAAGAAGCUACUGUGGCUGGCAAGAAAGGUAAAGUGAUGGAGCGACGGAUUCUCAAAGACUUCCAUAUUGGAAUAGUUGAGGGUAUUAUAAAAGACGUAAUAUCUAAAGAAAGCAAACCCAAGGACGUGUUCAGCCAGAUAGCUAAAGCGAUCGUGAGAAGAGGAAGUACUGACAGUAAGAAACGUGAUUGGAACGCCUUAGUCCGUAGCAAUACAAUACGCAAAGACCCGAUAGGAUCUACCGCAGAAGCGGAAACAAAACGAAGCAGACAGUCUCUUAGGGCGCAUAUCCUGGAUAAUAUUUCUUCCAGGUCGAUUGAUCCUCAGAAGUUGUUAGAAUACAACCCACAAUUAUCAGUCGUAUCUCCUACAACUAGAGUAGCAUAUGCCAGGUUUAUGAAAAGCAAGAUCAAGACGGAUUUCCUGGCAAAAGAGAACGUUAAGACAAGUUCUUCUGAAGAGCUUAAUUUAGCAGAUGAAGUGUUUGAGACUCCAAAGAGACAGGAUACUUGUAAAAAACGUAGCACCCAAUCGUACCGGAGCAGAACACCAAUUCCGGAAAACUCCGAUGACGAAGGCCUAAACGACAAUGAAGUUCACGUAGAAGCGGAUAUUGAGGACAAAGGCUCAGAAGAUGGAUCUGAACAAACUCGUCCCCUAAAAUCAUCAUCUCAAGAGCCUUCAGAACCUAGUACACCAGGAGUCGACCUACCUAGCACCACAAGGGUACCACCAACCACAGAUCAUGUCAUCACCAUAGAACCAGAUACGCCAACCAAAAACCUUUACAUGACGCAAAAAGAAUCCUGUAGCCUCCAAAAACCUAUAACUCCAACUCCAAGUGUUCAUUCUCAAUCAGAACAGAUUCUCUCUGCUUCAAACUUGGAACAAGAGUUGGGUAAAAUGACAGGAACUCCCACAAUUACAGUUACACCAGAUUCAAGUGAAGAAAUACCACCUAGAAGCAGGUCUACAAUGAGUACUCCUAGAUCUUCAAAAGUGAGUCCAGCCGCUUCACCAAGCUAUGGAAAAGAUAAAGGCAAAUCAGUAGCCACUGGAAAAGUUGUGUCUGGUUGGCUUUGA